AUGACUCGAAGGUGCAAAAAAGUCCGGUUCGAGGACAGUACAGAAACAAACGGAACCCAAAAGAUACAUUGUUCCGGAAAUGGCAUUCUAAAAGUCCAGAACUGCUCGGAAGAGGAGCCGCGGAGCUUGUUAUCCCAGCUGUUUGGCGGCGCAUCCAACGUGCCGGCCAAGAACGCUCCGCAAGUAUUUGGUCUCAUCAAAGACGCGAUCCUGUUUAACAAUUACCGCAAAAAUCAGCACGAGGACCACGAAGGGUGCUUGCCGUCAUUACUGGAGGCAUACACCAUCUUGAACUCAUGUUUAAAGACUCGGGAAGGAGCCACCGAGGUGGCUGGCGAGGCGAGAAAAGUUAUCCAGGCCAUAAAACGCGAUUUUUUGACACUUAAAAACACUACAGACGUGCUAGAGGUGCGUAAUAUUGUACAGAUUUACAGGGUAUUGGACGCUAUGUUCUCUGCGGAGCCCAUCGCUAGCGUAAUUGAAGCCGAGUACGUUAGAUUCUUUUUGGGCAGUGCCAUCGAUAUUCUGGCCUCUCCUGACGCAUCCAAAGCACUUACUGGGGCAUGUAUACGGCUUUUUACGAAUCUCUAUUAUCCAAAAGCGCUGUCGAGCGACAUGGCAGCACGUCUUCUUAAGGCCAUUGGAACGCGACCCACUUUCCCCUCGGCCACGCUGGCUAUUGAAUACCUCACAGCAUACCGAAUGAUGCUGGUUCAUCAUCGCAACUUGAUGGCAACAAGUGCUGUUUUGUGGGUUGCAACCAUUGUCAACUUGUUGUGUGACAGUAACGCCUUGGUUCGCCAACAUGCCCUUCACACAUUGACUGAAUGCAACCGUAAACUGAGCUGUGAGCGAUCCAUAUCUUCUGCAAUUUUCGAUGCAUUUGACGCGACCGAUGCUGAUGGCGAGCCAUGUGGUAAUGUGAUCUGCCAAAGGCUUUCGGUGUUUGUAACAUUGCAGGGGGAAAGCCGCACCACUAUGUCGAUUUGGAGUAAUGUUUUGCUGGCUCUGCACUCAAAUAGCGGUGACAAACUUGUUGAAUGGCCCUUCAUGGUCAAAUGGAUAGAUAUCUGCAAACAGGCAUUACAUUCCGCGUUCUUGUCUACCCGUGAAGCCGCGUUGAUUGCCUGGCGCACUGCUAUUUAUGUUCUUGCGUUUGACACCAAGCCCCAACAGUACGACCGCUGCUUACAAUUUUUGAUAUAUCCUUUGCGAAUCGUACGUGAUAACGUUCCGGCGGUAAUCUUGAAGAGACAGCUUGGUAUUCUCAAUGCUCUUCUAUAUAUUGGACUUCGCAUUCAGCCGGUGACGCCAGAGCUUUACGACUUGGUCUGGACCAACGUUGUCGCACCAGUUAUGCAGUAUUUAUUUGCCAGUGGCUGUUCAGAGGCGCAAACGGAAGCUAUCAAAGUUUUGAAUGGUAUUAUCCGGAGUGGCCAGCUUCAAACUCCAGGGUCAAAACCUCAACGAGCCAAAAUUAUCGGCAGCGACGUCGAGCUUUCAGAAAUCGGUGGGUUUCCUACAUGGUGGAUCAAACAGAACCUCAGCCUUGUUUUGGAACUUGUCCUCGAUAUUCGAGAGAGCGCAGGCACUGAUGUCGUGAUGGGCCUGUGGCAAUCAAUUGCAGCUGUCUGUAAACAAUCACUGGCUUCUGAGAUCCAUGAGAGCAAUGAUUCAGUCAACAUGGUCGCUAGUAUGCUCACAUUCAUUCAAAAGGUACCGGAGCCGAAUGUUGUCGAUUUCGCUAUGCCUAUGAUCGACACAAUCGGCGUCGCGAGCAUGCUUUCGCGCCGGUUCGCACUAGGUGAUGACAAUGUGGUUGCUGUGGCAAAGUCUCACGCCAAUAGUGCGAUUUCUAUUAUUUUAGGCAGGAUUUUUGCUGUUGUUGAUGAAAAGCCUGCCGAGCAGGCUCUUGUUCAGAUUCUCAAUAAGACAGGGACGUUGCGACGAGCGCUCAGUUUGUUGAGCACCGCUGUUAAUAUUGCUCCAACUGGCCAAGUGUGGAAAACGUGCGCCCAACAGACAAGAAACCAGCUCACGUCAGAGCCCUGCACACUCGAGGGUGAUGAUCUUGACAACGUGUUGGCCAUAUUGAGCGUUGGUCCUGAGCGGGGCCUCGACAAAGAAGCAUGGGAAAAAUGGCUCGAGUUGUUUUCAGCUACGCUCAAAGCACACGGUAAGAACGAGCCAUUUGUCACUUUGAUGGGUCGCUACGAUGCUAAUCAGCUGGACCUACAGACUCUUUUGGACUUGAAAGCGGGGCCCCUCUGUAAUCGCAAUGAUUUCAACGUUGUUAUUGUUCGAGCUUUAUCUCUCCGUGCCCACGAUUUGAUUGCACUCGAACCUAAUUUAAGUGGAAUUGCGUCAUCCUUCCGGGUCCAGCUGGCUCGUCAGCUCGUGACGGCCACCUAUAAUGUACAGAAUGAUUUCUUCCCUCAGGUGCUUGACUUUGCUGAUAAGUUGGUCGAGGACACCGAUAUCAUUGCCAAUGCUGAUAUCUUUGCCAUGGGGUUCCAGUCGUCACUGGACGAGCACAAACAGCAUACGGCAGACAAAUGGAACAGUUUGUUUGCCAAUGUACCAAUCGAGGCAGAGUUCUCUGACAAGGUUGUGGCUACCAUCAACCAUGUUCACUCAGGUCAGAUUGCUGAUAUUGUUAUUCCGCCAUCGAUCCCUCUGUUAUCGUCCUCUUUGGGAUCGGAAACACCUUCUCGCAAGCGGUUGGCCUUCCCUAGUUCAUCACCUCCGCAGUCCCCUACUGAGGACUUGGCCCGUUUCAAGAAGCGACGCACUGCCGCAGAUGGCUACGACUCGCACACGCUUGCGACACCACCAAACAGCAGCGACUCGUUUACGCCGGGCAUGCAUGCCAUGGAUCUGUUCAGACGGCUGCAUGAAACCAGCGAUCCGUUCGAGAUCGUGACAAUCAAGGAGGAGCAUAGUCAGAUGGCCAAGCCACGACCCAUUCCGUUGUUGUCUGAAAUGGAGAACCUGUGCUCGUCGCCGCCUCGGUCAAUGGCCCAGGAUGACAUGCGGGAACGAAGUAAAGAGUUGGGCAUUUUGAAGAGCGCGCUCAUGCGAUCAGAUCUGCGACGCAACCUCAAGAAAGGUGUGUCAAAGUCCGAGUGCCAGCUUCUUGAAAAGCUCCUAAUGGAUACACUUGUUGCUGUGCGGAUUCACAUGGCCAACACGGCGGAAUAG